CAAUUGUCAGUUGAGGAUGAAUAGCAAGUUUUUUACGCUUGUUUCUAUAGUUACUGUACUUUGGAACUUAAUUACUUGUAUUAUUCUUUUGGAAAGAAUAUACCUCGGUGCUGAGAGAGAUUUGUUGCAGUUACAACGGGCGUUGGUUAGAGUCCGUUCAAGCAAGACUCCUAAGACACCUCUAUGGUCAAGAAAAUACCAGAUUCCUUUGAAGAUGGGUCAAGGUUGGUAUGGUUGGCCUCCUCGCUGCAUCAAGUUGUCACACCUGGAACCAACAAGUGUCCAACUGUAUAUACGUAUCCUGGACGAGAAGGUUGGUUUCAUCUGCGAUCUUUAUGAACAGCAAAGGGGCUUUAUUGAGAGAAAGUUUGUUAGUUCUUGUCAGCCAAACGCUGCACCGAGAAACCUUUCCUGCUUUAACUGUGGGUUUGAAUUUUUAAAGUUUGAUUUGCCUUGGCAAGGCAAUUACAAAGUUAUUGUUAAAGGUACAACCAAGUCAGAUACCUGUUGUUUGAUCUUUUCAACUCCUGGUGAUAAUAACAACUGGAUCAAUGAUCCUUCUUUCCAAGUUUUUGGUACACCUUUACUACGCCACUGGUUAGGUUUAUCAUCAACAAGGACGUUGAAAUAUUGGAUGCCACUUUAUUCGAAUGGUUACGACGUGGAUUGUGUCGUGAAUCAUAGUUGUGGUUUGUUAUUGGGACGUUUGCAGUCGUCUUUUGGAGACCCUCAGUCCUUUGGGAAGUCAGAUCUAUUCGGUGUCUUGCAGCCCAUUUGGAUAGCAAAUAACUUGAGAGCUGACAUAAACUUUUUAUGUAUUGAAAUGAAUGUUCAGAGCUUAUCAAAUGUGCGAUCUCUUAAUUGUUUCAUGGUUAUUUAUGGAACAACUUCUCAAAUGCGUCGUCAAAAUUUUGUAUUGGAUCUUGUUUGCUUAAGAGACUAUAGCAAAUUGGUCUUGCAAUUGAAGGUUGACAGAUCCGAUCCAUUUCUUUAUUUGGCAUUGGUGAAGAAUGCUUCUUCAGAUGAUGCUGUAAAAGUGACCAAUAUACGAAUACAACCUAAGCAGAGCCUUGUCGCAAAUGUCUCAGAAAAUGUAUGGAGAGCGCCUUGUCUUAUGAAUGACUAUACCAACGAUAUAUUUACUAUUUCUCGUUGGAGAAAGCCCAAUAAGUCAGAAUUAACUUUAGCCAUACCAUUAUCGAUGCAUAGAAUGUUUAUUCUAAAGGAAUUGUUGAAGUUCUACAAGACAGGACCAGUUGUCGCAGUCAUUGCUAUACAAAGUGAACAGGAAAAAAAGGAACUGUUGGAAUACUUAUCAAUAAUUCCUAAUAACAUGAGAAUGAACGUUGAAUUUGUAAUAGUUCUUAUUUCUCCAUGGAAAGACCGAUUUCCCAUUAAUCAACUUCGAAAUAUAGCAUUGAAAUAUACAACGACAGAUUUUGUUUGUGUCUUAGACGUAGAUACAUUUCCAGUUUCUUCUGCGUUUACAGCAUUUCCACAAAUAAUGGAAAAGGAACCGGAAUUGUUACCCAUGAAUAGGAAACGAUGCCUUGUCGUAACCAAUUGGAUUGCAUCGGACUCGGAACAACUUGUCUAUCCUAGUGUGGAAGAUUUGAAAUCCAAAUACCUAAAAACCUGGUUUCCUUACUGUGAAGCCUCUCAAAGUCCGAUUUCAUUUCGACGCUGGCUUUAUGAUAACAACUCGUAUUUUGUUUCCUUUAGACCCAACUUCGAACCUUACUGUAUUAUGAGAACUCGAGACUUUAUUUUAUUCGAUGAACGUUUUCAUGGCUAUGGUUUUAAUAAGGUAUCCUGGGCUCUCGAAGCAACUCUACAAGGAGUAGAGUUUCUAGUUGACAAUCGCUUCUUUGUGUUACACAAGGAUCAUCCUACUCAACUUGUGGAAAAUUCUCUCCAAUAUUGCAUGAACUGGAUACUUUACUAUGCUUUUGUCAACGAAAAAUUAUUUGAAACAACUCAAUAAAUAGGAGUUCAGCCAAGUCGUCUUUUCGCAACCUGUU